AUGAUAUAUUUUACACAAGAUCAUUGUUUAUGGAUGUAUUAUUUUAUAAUUCCUGGAUUGAUUGUGAUUGAUGUUAUGAUCCCAUUAAAGAUUGUUGUUUUAUCGAUGAUAAAUUAGUUUAGAAUAGAUAAAAUUAAAAAUUAGAAAGUAUUAUUGAAUGAAUAAGAAAUGGAUUAAAUUAUUUAAGAAAGCAAUCUGAAUAUUUAUUCUGACUAAUUUUUAAACUGA